GAUUGCAGGACAAAUUUGGUUAAUAUUCAUCCUAAGUGAUUUGCACUACUCUUGUUUAUAAUGUACAUGGAAAUAGUUUAAAACACAAACAUGGCAAACCAUUCAACUUUUAUUUCAACUGCAACUCCGAGUACUUCUCGACCUAGAGGGCCAGCCUCACCAACCUCUCACAAGGAAUCUGCUGAUGAAGUGUUGACAUUAGUGAGGAAGAAGGCUCAGCAUGCUCGGCAGUUUUACAACAGCAUGGUUCUUCCUAAUGGUGAUCUACCACAGACCAGGUACCAAACAUCUGUUAGGUCAGAUGUGAAGAGACACUCGGGAAGUCCAGAUAAAAGAGAAUCAAACACAAGUACUAGUUCAGUUUGGUCCCAACCAACCACACCAGUCCUAUCUUCAAGUAAAUAUGGAGGUGUGUGGUUAAAGCCUCGACCUACCACUUCGGCGAAAAAGUCUAUAGACUCUGAUAUAAGAUUAAGCUACACACUGCCUUAUAGACACGAUGAAAAACAAAAGUCUUCCAGUCUAAGGUCAAAGUCAACAUCUGGUGAAAAUUUUUCCUCAACUUACCCACCACCAUCUACCUCAAGUUCCCGAUCAAGUUCAGAUGGAACUUUACUUUCAUCUGACUUUUCUUCUGCCAAUGACAUUAAACAAAAAGAUAUUUUAUCUGAUGAAAAAAGUGCAGCAUCAAAAUUAAAUUCUAAUAAAAACGAAUAUUCGAAGAAUGCCAUACGCCCUGAUAGUCCACGUAUGCAUAGUCAUCUCUAUCAAGUUGUUUCGAAGAAUAAGAAACUAAAUUCAUCAAGUAAUGAAGAUAAAAGUCCCACCAUGAGCACAUCGUAUACAGUCCCUAACAUUAGACAUAGAGAUGAAGAUAUUGCUAAUGAUCAUUCAAUCGGUGAAAAACAAACACCAAAGAGACAGAAUGCUCCUUCACUUCAGCGUCAACGUUCAAAUAGUGAUGCAAGAGCAGGUGGAAGAAUCACAACAAAUCUAUUAUCGCUCAGUUAUGAUGCUAUCACUGAUACCACCACUAUUGGAGCUCAAGCUGGAAGGAAUUACGGUAGUGCAUCCUCUCUGGACAAAGUGACAAUAACUCAUGAAAAUGGGUAUUCAGACAAAGCUCGAAUAAAGAAAGUAUAUCAUAGUCAACCCAGUAGUAGUCUACCUUCAAGCACAAAACACCAAAUAAAAAAGCAUCACAGUGAUUCAAAGAAAAUAAGUCCAGUUAACAGUGCUGGUUCAAGUCCAAGAACUCAACGUCGUCGUAAGGAGAAGCUCCGUUCAAAAUCUGAUGUACCCGAUCACACUGUGUUACUUGAUAGUAUCAAAAGUUUAGAACGCGAUUAUUCAGUUAGACAGGAACUUAGUUUUGAAGACGAACAUAGAAGAAGGCAUCGAUUCGCGCACUAUGAUUGGCAGAGUAUGUUAUUUUCCUUUAGAGAUGUUUUAAAAGCAGCCGACACUUUGAAAAGAAAAAACACAACUACUGGUGCAAGUAAAGCAGCUGCAUUGGCAGCCAGCAGUGAUAGCUUGGGUAGCAAAGCCUCAAGUGUGGGAGGUUCCAGUGAGGACCUUUCCUUUGAACAAGAUGAACAUAUUGAUGAUAAGUCUAAUGAUAUGGUUGAAUGUUGUCCAUUCUUUAGCAAUGAAGUAGGUGGUGAAAUUGACCGACAACUCACCAUAUCAGGUUAUGGUUUAAAUUCAAAUUCUCACCUUGCUAACGUGUCUGUGCAAGUAUGUAAUGAUAGUGAAGCAACAUCUACACAAGCAAGGAAUGUUCUCACCAACCACACUUACCUUUCCAUCGUUGAACGUGGUAGCAGUGAAAGUUUACUCCCUCCUAAAUCUCCCCCUAGUGGUUGUGUUAGCUUUGGAAUUGAACAUGUGGACGAUGGAGCCGAGUAUUAUCGGACAUACUUCUAUGAGAAAGAUCACCAAAACUUGUGCGGUAUUGAUGAAAAGUAUGGUCCUAUUGUGAUCAGCUUGAGACGUGAAAAACUUGAUGAAACAUUAGCUGGAAGUUCAAAUGCUGUUUAUCAAUAUCGAGUAAUUAUUCGAACAUGUGAGUUAUGCACCCUUCGUGGUUCCAUUGUGGAAGAUGUAGUUUUUCCUUCAACAUCGAAACCAACCAAGGGAUUUCACGCCAAAGAAGUUCUUGAAUAUCUUUGUCCAGAAAUCAACUUAUCUUGUCUUAAAGUAGCAAUGCCUAUUCCAAAAGUUCAUGACCAGAUAAUGAAAGUUGAUGAACAGAAUGUGCAUGACUCGUAUAAGAUUGGUGUUUUAUAUUGUGGAGCUGGCCAAGUAACAGAGGAGGAUAUGUACAACAAUGAACAUGGAAGCCCAGCAUUCGACCAAUUUCUUGAGUUACUUGGUGACAAAAUAAAGUUGAGCGGUUUCAAUCGUUUCCGUGGUGGCCUAGAUGUAAAAACUGACUCAACAGGAACUGAAUCUGUGUACACCGAGUUUCGUGGCAACAAAAUACUGUUUCAUGUUUCUACUAUGUUGCCAUUUACACCAAACAAUAGACAACAGUUACUACGAAAACGUCACAUUGGAAACGACAUCGUUACCAUCAUAUUCCAAGAACCCGGUUCGCAACCCUUCAAUCCAAAGUUUAUUCGAUCACAUUUCCAACAUGUAUUCAUCAUUGUUCGUGUAUAUCAACCAUGUACCAAAGACACUUGUUACAGGAUCGCAGUAACAAGAGCAAGGAACAUUCCACGAUUUGGACCUCCCAUUCCUGAAGAUUCAAUGUUUCCCAAUACAUCAACAUUUAGGGAGUUUCUCCUUACUAAGUUAAUCAAUGGAGAGAACACGGCUCAUUCAGCUGGAAAGUUUAAGUCAUUGGCAAUGAAUACACGUCAAGAAUAUUUACGUGAUCUUGCCACCACUAAUCUUACACAAAGUGGAUUAGAAGUAAAUCCAAAGUUCUCAUUUUUUGCUCUGCGUCGAAUGCGAGAUAACAAAGAUAAACAAAAAUCUCGUCCGAUGCCUGAAGUGCUGAGUCAUGGUGCGCUGACUUGGCAACUUAGUGUGGAUGAUUACAGUUCAUUGUCCAGUAUGCACGAGAAAAACCAGGUGAACUGCAUCAUGGGAUUGAGUGAUUGUGUUCUCACAAUAAUCGAGAUAUCGUCAAGGAAACUCAUCUUCAGCAUCCCGUGUCAAGCCAUCCUCGGGUGGACCGUUCCUCUUCCUACUCCCGAGCAAAUUCGAGGAAUAAAACGUGAUCUUUAUAUUUAUUACGGAAGAGGAGAGAGGAUAUCUUUGCACACGGAAGAUAUUGAUGCACGGGAUGAAAUCAUCAUCAGACUUGAGAAGUUCACGAAAGGGUGUGAGACAGUUUAUCGUCAGUUACGUCGUAACAUGAAAGGUGAACUUGGAUUCCACGUCAACUAUGAAGGAAUUAUAAUGGAAGUUGAACAGAGUGGUUAUGCUUAUCAAGAUGGGUUGAGACAAAGCAGCAGAUUGGUUGAGGUAUGCAAGGUCGCUGUAGCCACCAUGACUCAUGAAGAAUUAUUGGAUCUUCUUCGAACAACGCAGCAUGUUAAAGUGGUGGCUAUUCCACCCAAUGAUGAUGGCACACCUCGCAAGUGUAGCAUGGAGCUGUACCACCUGUAUCCAGUGUUAGAUGUGAGAAAAGUUCCCAUGCCUGCCACACCUGUUGAACAACAACAUAAAUCAAGGCCAGAUUCUUCGAAUGGAAUACAAACAGCAAAUGAUAGUUCGCCAAAACAAGCAGCAUCAGAACCUUUUCAUGCAGAACCAUCAACAAAAAGUCGUGGAAAAUCAAAACUUUCCAAAAUUAAACAAGCAACUACUAUUGACACAAAAACCACCCUGGUGGCAACGGCAACCAGACUUGCUGUGUUGAAUCAGACACAUUCAUACAAACAUCCAAAAAGUGAUGGAAACAGUUUAUCGAGCACCACAAACACAAUGUCAAGCACUAAAUCAACCUCAAGCAACAUUAGCAGUCAGAGCGGUGCAGAUAUAGAUUGGAGCGAAAACUUUAAAACAAACCAAGGAACUUCCCAAAAUCCAUCAAACAGCAUUUCAUCUGAUAGUGGACUAAACAGCAACAAUAAUUCGUCAUAUUCAAGUACACUGAGUUGCACACCAACUACCACGCCCAUUGCCAAUAACACGUUACAUGAGUUGUCCCAUAGUGAUUGGGACGGUUUACAUUCACAAUCACAUCUUAAUCAAAAUUCAAGCAACAACAAAAUGUCAAGUAAUUCUACGAUGGCACGGAGCACAUCUGUGUACACAAACAAGUGUAGAAAAGCCCCAAUCAAAGUAAACUGGAAUAGUAAAUCCUCAAGAUUGCCAACAGAACUUAGUCGGAAAUCAUUGAAUCAUUCGUAUUCUGUUGAUUGCACGCCUUCCAGUGAAGUAAAUCAUGGAUUAAAAGUUUAUAUUGCUGGAACUGAUGAUCAUAUAAAGUCACGAUCAACUUAUUCUUAUCAAGCAACACCAAGUCCGAUAAAAGCUGAAACUUCAAGUAGAAACGCGCAACACUACCACUCUCAGUCAUAUGACUCUGUGCUCUCUACGCCCAUCAAGUGGAGAACUUCUGUUGCUAUGGGUACCCGUAGUGGAUCAAGGAAUAGUCCUCGAUCGAAAAGGAGAGCAAGCGACAUGCAUGUUGUUGCUUCUCGUUUAAAAUCUCGUGACCGCGAUUCGCCUUCCACACCAGAAAGCCGAGAUGUUCAAAACUCCUUAAUAAAGUUGAUCACUGUUGAAAGUCCCACCAAACAUAAUACCAAUCAUCGUAAAUCUCCUGCUCGAACAUUAAGUCAACGUGCCUCACCAAAACAAACUCUUUCUCCAUCUCAUAAUGGAAGACUCAACACAACGUUAUCUAUAAGAUCUUUGCAUCGCACGGUUUCUGAUGAAAGUUUGUGUGCAGCGCGAUCAUCUGAUAGAACAAGGGAGAACAACCUUCACCACUCUAUUGAUUCUCGACUAAAUCCACAUGACACUUCCAUGCUACCACUACCCGAUACAUCAGACUGGGACACGAUACUAGAUGCUGCACGAGCUGCUGAGGUGUUCGAGGCAUCGAGCAUAAGGUCGGUUUCCAUGGGAACGCUGAACGAACUUGGUGUCAAUGAUGAUGUCACAAAGGAGUUAUUUCGGUCAGAUAACCGCACAAUGUCAGUGGAAUAUUUAUAUGAUCAUGAGUAUCGGAGGAACCAGGGUGAUCCCGUAAAUUUACUUCGGAAACGGGAACCCCCCACACCUUCAUCAUCACCCGCUACUUUCCACCCGAAUAUGACGCCACAAAAGUCUAUUGAUCCCUCAUCAAUCUGUCCUGAUGUUAAAAGUGGUGCAGAGCAACGACUUGAACGUAUUGAGUAUGAAAUGAGGUUACUCCAGGAUAAACUGAAGAAGGUAAGGAGCAAGAAUCUAAAGCAGCGUUGGUAGAAGAGGUUAAGUUACUAAGACGCGACAACACUCGACUACAUCGUGACACAUCACGGGUAAGGUCUGUCAAGGAAUCUAAGCAUUUCAGAUAAAAGAUCAUGUGCAAGAUACAAGCUGGUGACUUUACCGCUGUCUAGCGGUCUUACUUUGUUCCAUGAUGUUCUCAGCAGCGUUGCCAAGAUACCCUUUUAAGUUCCGUUUAUUCUUGGAUUUUCACUGCGUUAUUAUUCUAGUAACGUGACGUGGUGGCCUUUUUCUUGCCCCCUCACAUCAGUAUUAAGACUAUGAUUGGAUUUUAUUUAAAUAUUCCAAACGACAGGUUUCUUCUCACAUUCCCGUUUUUUUAUUAUUUUAUUCUUUUAGUCUCUUAUAUCAUCAUGUCAGCAUUACGGCUUACCACGUGACCAAAUACUCUUCUACCAGCCACAGUCUGACGUCACACACUAUGUUGAAUCGUUCAUUUUUCACAAAAUAUUUCUAUAGCGGAACCCUAUACUGUUUUGCAUCAGUUAAUAAACAUACUAAAUUUAACUGUG